UCAACACACACACACACACGUAGCAAGACACACACAACUUUUUCAAGAAUCAUCUCUCUCUAUAUAUACAAGCAUUAGCUUUAUAUUGAAGAAAAUUCACAAAGGCAAAAACCUACGUUAAUAAAUUUAUUGCUCAAGGAAGAAGCAAUAUUGUACUACUAUCUUUAAAGACCAUGAAAAUCUUGCAUUUUCUUGCCAUUUUUCUCUUGUGCGGAGUGAUUUCUAGCCAUGCCAAAACUCAUCAUCAAACCUAUGUUGUGACUGAUACUCCAUAUAGUAGGCUAUGUAGCAACAAAAGUAUAUUGACAGUAAAUGGGAAAUUUCCUGGUCCAACUAUUCGUGUGACAGAGGGUGAUACAAUUGCAAUUGUUGUUGUGAAUAGAGCAAAAGAAAAUAUAACUAUUCAUUGGCAUGGGGUGAAGCAGCCGAGGUAUCCGUGGUCGGAUGGGCCGGAAUACAUAACACAGUGCCCAAUCCGACCCGGGACUAAUUUCAGCCAGAAGAUUGUGCUAUCGGACGAGAUUGGGACUAUGUGGUGGCAUGCACAUAGCGACUGGUCACGGGCUACGGUACAUGGUGCUCUGAUAGUUUAUCCUCGUAUUAAGGAUGACUAUCCUUUCCCCGUGCCCGAUGAAGAAGUUCCAAUCAUUAUAGGAGAGUGGUGGAAAAGUGAUAUCUUUGCUGUUUUGAAUGAAUUUCUUGCGAAUGGAGGAGGCCCUAAUAGUUCUGAUGCAUAUAUGUUAAAUGGACAACCUGGUGAUUUGUAUCCAUGUUCAAAAAAAGAUACGUUCAAGCUCACAGUCGAACACGGCAAAAGAUACCUAAUUCGAAUGGUGAACGCUGUGAUGGACAACAUUAUGUUCUUCCGAAUAGCCGGCCACAAUGUCACAAUCGUUGGCUCGGAUGGCGCGUACCUCAAACCCUUCACCUCCAACUACAUCGCCAUCUCCCCCGGCCAGACCAUCGACUUCCUUUUCGUCGCCGACCAAAACCCCAGCCACUACUACAUGGCCUCCAGAGCCUACGCCGUCGCCGGAGCUUUCAGCAACACCACCACCACCGCCCGCGUCGAGUACGCCGGAAACUACACCCCGCCGGCGUCACCAGAGCUCCCGAUCCUCCCCAACUUCACCGACACCGCGGCAUCGGUCAACUUCACCGCUCGAUUCCGCAGCCUCGCCUAUAAGAACCACCCCAUCAACGUGCCGUUGGACGUGACAACAAAUCUCCUUUUCACCUUGUCGAUCAACACGCGAAACUGCCCUAAUUCCGACUGCGAAGGCCCGAAUGGGAACCGGCUACUCGCGAGUGUGAACAACAUCACGUGGCAGUCACCGGGGAUUGCGAUUCUUCAAGCUUACUAUGAAAGUGUAAACGGCGUGUACGAAGACAACUUUCCUAGCAAUCCCCCGUUUCCAUUCAACUACACGGCGGCCGUUGUUCCCCAGGAUCUGUGGGAGCCACAAAACGGGACGAGGGUGAGGAUGCUGGACUUCAACGCGACGGUGGAGCUCGUGUUUCAGGGUACUAGCACGGCUAGAUCGCCGCUCGACCAUCCCAUGCAUCUCCACGGCCACAGCUUCUACGUCGUGGGCUGGGGGUAUGGGAAUUUCAACUCCACCCGAGACCCGCCAAACUACAAUCUCAUCGACCCGCCGCUACAGAACACCAUCGCAGUGCCCAGAGCUGGCUGGACCGCCAUCAGAUUUGUUGCAAAUAAUCCAGGGGUUUGGCUAAUGCAUUGCCAUUUCGAGAGACAUAUAUCAUGGGGAAUGGAGAUGACCUUUAUUACGAGAAAUGGAAAGGGCCCAAAUGAUAAGAUGCUCCCUCCACCGUCGGAUUUCCCUAUGUGUUGAUCAAAUUUAGGGGAAAGUUUUCAAUUACGAAUAUUCAAGUAUUCGUGAUUUAUAAAUAGGUGGUGCCGGGAAAAAUCAAUGUUUUCAAAUUAUAAUUGUAAUAAGUUAAGAAAAAGUUAUUAGAUUUCAUCCUUUUUUUUUAUAAUCGAUUGAUGUAACUUGUGGUUUCACACUGGGGAGAACUGAGAACAUAAUGAGCAAUCAUGUAUUGUUGUGUAUUGUGUAACGUUCCCACUUUUAUAAGUGAAAUAAAUAUAGUUAAUCAGAUUUUAUUUU